CACAACAAUGGAAAGAGCACUUGCGAUUAUGCUACUUGUGACCAUUGUGCUGGCUGCCACUACAUCGGGGGUGAUCGCCAUGGACAUCAAGCACAAGGACCUGGCGUCGGAGGAUUCCUUGCAGGAGCUAUAUGAGCGCUGGUAUGAGCACUACAGUGUGACACGCGACCUCGACGACAAGGCCCGGCGCUUCAAGGUCUUCAAGGAGAAUGCACGCAUGAUCCACAAGUUCAACCAAGGUGACACACCCUACAAACUGAGCCUCAACCUCUUCGCCGACAUGACCGAUGAAGAGGUCCAUCGUGCUUAUGGCCACUGCUCCAACAUCAAGUCUGAUGGCCGGAAGCACCGGCGGCGACACGGCCCGUUCAGGCGCGACGCCCUCGUCAGCCGCAAGGGCCUCCCGGCAUCCGUGGAUUGGCGCAGAGGCCCGUCAGCGGUGACAAGCGUGAAGUUGCAAGGAACAUACUGCGGUUCCUGUUGGGCGUUCGCGGCAACGGCAGCGGUGGAGGGCAUCAACUUCAUCAGGACCAGGAACCUAACAUCGUUGUCCGCGCAACAACUCGUGGACUGCGACAAAGGGAACGGAGGGUGUAAUGGUGGAUUCGCGAAGUUAGGCUUCAAGUACAUAAUGCAAUCGGGCGGCAUCGAAACAGAGGCUAAGUACCCCUAUGUUGGCCAUGAGAACGGGCACUGCUCGGUGCCCAAGCCAAAUCGGAACCCGGUCGUCACCAUCGAUGGCUACAAGCAGGUGGUGCCGAAUGAGGUGGUGGCGCUGGAACAGGCGGUGGCAACCCAACCUGUGGUGGUGGGAGUUGAUUCGAACUCGACAGCCCUCCUACGCUAUGGGAGAGGCGUCUUCGUGGGGCCAUGUGGGACAAACCUCGACCAUGAAAUGACAGUGGUGGGCUAUGGCACCUCACACGAGUAUAAGAACCCCGUAAGAUAUUGGAUUGUGAAAAACUCAUGGGGGACAGACUGGGGUGAAAACGGCUACAUCCGUAUAGCACGCAGGCUAAAAGGUCAGCCCAAGGGAGGCAUCUGUGGCAUCCUCAUAGACGCAUCUUACCCAGUAAAAUUUAGUAGGAAAGGUACAAUGAUAUCGUGAAGAG